UAUUCGUUCAGUAUUGUGAGCUAGCUAGUGAAACCAUUGACCUCGACCGGACCUGGACUGUGACUAAUGGCCUCAAAUUUAGUCAAAGACGUUGCUGAGGAGAACAAAUUGGUUGUUGUAAACUUAUACAAUAAUAUUAAACCUGGAGAUACCACUCAUGAAGACAUUCAUCUGAAGUAUAAGGAGUAUUUUACUAAAUUCAGCAAAAGAAUGAAAAUAUUCAUUCAACCAGUUGAUGCUUUAGUACAACAAUUACCAUGUUAUAUACUUCAGGUUACUUAUUACAUUUGCCAAAAGCACCUUCUAUCUGGUGCAUUAAUGGAUCUGUUUUGUGAAAAUGUUAAAAAUUAUGAAAUUCCAGAGAAGAUUAAGCAGGUAGCAUGUGAUGAUAGAGAUAGCAAUCUGAUAUCACUUUCUCAAUUGUUUUCUAUAAAAAAAAUCAAUGAAAAUGAAUGGGAACUACUAAAAGCUGGUUUUGGAGUAUACCUAUAUGUAUGUGAAGCUAAAUGUCAAGAUCCUUUAAUUCGUAUUACCAAUGAAGUAUUAGAAGUUGUACCAAAAAAUAUUCCUUUAUCACAAGACAAAAUAAAAGAGAUGGUUGAUAAAGCAGUUUGUUUGGUGUGGGAUAUGGUAACAAUAGUACCACCUGCUAUUGUCUAUCAACCAACUGAGUAUGAUGAAGAAUGGCAUGAAAAGCGUAUUACAAGCUGGAAAGAUAAUUUGCCAUAUAAUCCAGUAGUAUAUUUUCAACCAGUGCUAUUCUAUAGUGCACUAGGUCAUGUAGGAUGCAAAGGAACUAUUGGAAACACCCAACCUAACAAUAUUACAUUGAUUCAAUGUCAUUGUUUGCCACAAACAGAAUUACACAAACCUCUUGAAUCAAUUCAAGUUACAAAUGCAAGUUCAAAAGAUACUGCCAGUACUAUUAAAGCUGAUUCAGGAAACUUUCAAUCUUCACAGCAAACACUUGUAGAUGAAAAAAGUGGUGGUGCUACUAAAUUUGAUGGUUGUUACACUUUUACUUCAGCUGAUGAAGAUUUAGCUAGUUUACUACCGUAUCUCAGCAGUGUAUAUUUAAGAAAACAAUCAGUUGAUGAGGCAUUACCAAGCAUUCAAGAUUCAAAAGAUGAAGCAGUCGACACAAGUCAAUGCUCAAAUAGUGUUGGUAUGACUGUUUCUCAGAAUACGUUGUUAUCCAACUCCAAGGAUGUUGACAAAAAUUUUGAUAAUAGUGAUGAUAGAAAUGCUCUUGCUAUAGUACCAAAUAAGGACAAUUCUGAUUCAGAGGAAAACAGUACUAAUGAUAAUUUGGUUAGUGACAAGGUGACUCCUAUCUGUGAUAGGCCAGAUGGUGAUGUUAUUCAUUCACCCUGGCUUAAUAAUGAAGAACUAUCAGACAAUAAUUUACUUCUGCUUGAAGUCAACAGAUUAUGUCAUAACAUUAAUAUUGGUGACAUUACUCAUGAAAGUGUUUGCUUAACUUUCAAUGAGUACUUUGUCAUGUUCAACAGACAAUUCAAGCAGCUUGUACACUCUCAAGACCCAGUGCAAUCAGUGAUAUGUUUAGUUGUACAGACAGCUUAUAAGUUGUGUGUUGAGUACAUACUUGAAGGUCCAGUAAUGAAAAAAUUCAACGAUUCUCCUGAUAGCAUUUUAAACCAAUUGCCAAAAGCAGUUAAAGAAAUUCUAUCCAGCAGAAACAAACUUGAAACUCUAUUUGUACCAUGCGCAAUUAAAAAUGGUGAUCACUGGGAACUAUUAAAGAUCAGUUAUAGUUACCUAUUGUGCAUAUCAAAAGCAAAAUCACUCUGCCCCUUCGCUGAAAUUCAGAAUCAGGUAUUAGCCAUUGUUUCUGAUCAGAUUGAAGAACCAAUACAAAAGCUAAUAGAAAAAGCUGUUCAUGUCACAUGGGAUAUGGUUACAUUAGUACCACCUGCUAUUGUUGCUCAACCACCAGACAUUAAUGAAGAAUGGCAUGAGAUACGAACGACUUACUGGAAUGACAGCACUCAUAAUCCUUUGAUCUAUUUUAAACCAGUAUUAUUUUACAGUGCAUUAGGACAAGUAGCAUGUAAAGGAGAAGUAGGUAAUGUUUUAAGAAGUAAUGCAGUUGUACUGCAUCAUCAAGAACAUGAGACAAAAAGUCAACAAAGCAGUGAAAACAUAUCACAUGAGGCAUUUCCUGUACCAGAUUUGAGUAUUAUGCUUAAUGAAGCUGAUGAUGAAAUAUCUAAUCGGGUCGAAAAAACUGAGUUGCAGCUAAAAGUCUUCCAUAGUGUAUCAAUUAAGACAAAUCCUCCAGCAAAGAUUUUAUAUGCUCCUGAAUAUGAAGUUACUUGGAGAUCUUGUUCAAACUGUGGGACAAAUGCCAUGAUCAGUGAUAGGUCAACUUGUGAACAUUGUAAUAAUUCUGCACCAGACUAUUUGGCAUGGUCAAUAUUAACACUCUUGUGCUGCUUCUGGCCUUUUAGUAUUCUUGCCUUAGUUUACUCCAUGGAGACAAGGCAUCAUAACGCUAGCAGCAAUUAUAAAAGAGCUUCUAAAUCGUCAAAAAUGGCAAUGAUAUAUAAUUAUUUUUCUUUUUUCACUGGAAUUUUAUUGAUAAUAAUCCUUACAAUGUCUGUGGCAGCCUUUCUAGUAUAUUGUGCUUUGUAUUAAUGGAUUAUAAUAAUAAUUUCAUUAUAGUUUUUGUAUUUUUAUAAUAGUA